UGUACUAUCAGCUGCUAUGCUACCUGUAAACAGAAGCCACGUGACACCCAACGCUGCCUGUCAGGGGCUUUGCAGCAGCAGGACGACUGACGGCCGAGUUAGAGGAAGUUAGAGGGAGCAGCUGUGCUAGCAUGUAAUCUCAUACGCGUUGGAUACGACAUUGCGGCAAGGGAGAGGAAGGCAGCAGCAUUCAUGGAUACUGUGGAGACCUUUAACCAUUUAAUACCCAGUGACCAGUUGGACGAUUCCCUGAUAGCAGGUCAAAAUUUGGAAUGUGAAGCCAGUAAUGAGUUUGGGACAGGACUGCGACUGGAAGAUUCACUGAAGAACAUGCUCAGUGACAAAGACCCCAUGUUUGGAUGUUCAAGCUCUCAGUUCAAUCUGCUGGACAAUGAGGACCCCACUUUUCAGAUAGCUGGCUCAACAGGUCUCGCUGAAGGUUCAGCAUCAACAGGCCUCAGCAGUGAAGUGAAAGUUGCAGCGACUACACAAGACAAGCAACCUGUUGCCAGGCGGAAGAAACGUCCACAUUCUUUCGAAUACGAACAUAGCAGUGAUCCACAACCUGCCGACACAUCCACCAAAACCAUGAUCCGAGUACGAGCUGGAAGGAAACCAGCCAACAGGCUACAGAAGUCCUUUCUUAUUGAGAAAGGAGUCGCAGGCCCCCAGCUGAAGAAAUUACUAAUUGUGGGAGGGCGUGUUGAUGUCAACAAUCUUGAUGGUGGAUUAUGGCUGAAUCCUGCUGUUGUAUUGAGACGAUUGACAGUCACAAUUGCAGGAUUUAGGAUUGAACUGCUUCCAGGACCCUCUUACUCACAAAAUGUUGAAGCGAGCCAGUCUGCAUGCCUUGAGGGUGGUUUCUCUUAUGCCGUGCUGCCAGAUAAUGCUGUCAGUGUACAGAAUCCCACACCUGAGACUGUGGCAAAGGUGGAUGUAAUUGAGAAAAACUCUGCUGAUGAUGCACCCCUCGGUCUGGGCCCGUAUGUGAACCCUAACGACGUGCAGACUUCUAACGGAACUUUAAUGGCGAGUACCAACACGCAAGAGACAAAUCUUGACAAUCAGAGUGUUUCUGAAAAGCAAAAGUCAGUCAGUAAAGUGAAACAUGACAUCAAAGAGCCACAAAACAUUGAGAAUAACAGAACCAAUGUUGAUACUAAGACUGAUGAUAAGGAGAAACAACAGAUUGUGGCCCAAACGCUGUUAAAGUCCAAACAAGGACUGACUUCUAACAAGAAUAAGGAAUUGGUUUCAGGUAAACCAAACAACAUGAUUAAGGGGCAUAAAGUGUCCCAAAACAUACCAUCCAAAAUCCAAAGAGGAGACCUGCACAAAAUAUUAUCUCCAAAGGAAAAGAAAGACCCUUCACCUUUGAAAAGGCCAACAGAAAACACCCAAAGUGAGCAUGCUACUAAAAUCCAGAAGACACAAGACACAGGAGAGAGUAAAGUGAAGCCAAAAUUGCCAAGUUCACCGAGCUCUGUGGGGAAGAAGAGCCCUUCAUUUGGCAACCGUGUUGAUCAGCAGGGACCAACAAAACAUACUCAUCCUCCCAAUAUCUCCAAAGUUGAGACCGCUAACCCGAUGCAUGGUCGUCCAGGCCCUUCUUUAAAGAUGCCAGAGGAAGGAGGUCAAGAAAAGCCCAAACUAAAAAAGCCAGAAAAGAUCCUUCAAAGACAGAAAAGUAAAACAGCAAGAAGCAUCUCUGUGGAGGAGCCACAACUGUUUAUUCCAGACAAUGCUCCUGUUGUUAAGAAGGAAACCGCCGAGGAGCAACCGGCUAACAGCGAGGCUGUAUGGGAUGGAAACAACUGUUGUGGCCUUUGCCAAAAACAUCACAAUAACAUGUUCAUGGUAGGUUGCGGUCGCUGUGAGGACUGGUUCCAUGGAGACUGCGUUGGUCUUGACCUGACAAAAGUACGUGAAAUGGAGGAGGAGGAUCAGAUGUACGUGUGCUUGAAGUGCUGUGAGGAGGAGAGCAAAAAGGUGGAGCCGGAGCCCCCAGUAGCAGCCAAACCAGAAGUUGAAGCAAAGGCGGAAGUACAGGAUCUUAAGCUGCCUCCCAAGCCCCAACCGGGACCCUCCCAGAAACUUGCAUCGGGUGGAGUCAGACCAGAUCCUGAUAGAAGGCAGUCCACAGAUGUCAGAGAUGCAGCUCAUAAAACAGGUGUUCAUCUGAAACUAGAGACAAAAAGUAAGACUUCAUCUUCAGCUUCAAAGAAACCUGUGUCUGUGGAAGCAAUUAGGCGAAGUGUGCGUGAUUCUCUGAAAGAAAUACUUAUACAGAGGUUGAAGGAGUCUGAUUUGAAGGUGUCGGUGGAGAGGGCCUCUGAAGUUGCCAAGAAGACAGAGAGAGAGCUUUUUUACUUGUAUAAAGACACUGACAACAAAUACAAGAACAAGUACAGAAGCUUGAUGUUUAACCUCAAAGAUACUAAAAACAAUGUCCUCUUUAAGAGGGUUCUCAAAGGAGAAAUUUCUCCUGGUAACCUAAUUCGAAUGAGCCCCGAGGAACUGGCCUCGAAAGAAUUGGCUGCUUGGCGACAAAGGGAGAACAGACAUACCAUUGAGAUGAUUGAAAAAGAGCAAAGAGAAGCAGAGAGACGGCCGAUCACUAAGAUCACACACAAAGGUGAAAUUGAAAUUGAGAGCCAAGAACCAGUGAAGGCACCUGAGCCUGCAGAGUUUGAGCCUCCUCUUAAAGCUACAGAAGACUCAGUGGAACCUCCAAAUACGCCUGAGAAGAAAGCAGCGAGUGCCGACGCGGGGAAAGACACCACCAGACAACACAAGUCUCACUUAUUUGAUCUAAACUGCAAAAUCUGCACAGGUCGUAUGGCGCCCCCUGUGGAGGAGGCACCAACCAAAGUGGUCAAAGUGGCUACUACAGUGGUUAGGAGGCAAUCAACCAAAGUAGAAGAGACGAAGAGCACAGCAACGCCUCCAAUCGACGACGAUCUGCACCUCACUGUUUUAGAGGAGAGCUUCCGAAACGCUCAGUCAGGCUAUGAAGGAAGGUCGGAUUAUAAAGCUGGAAGAGAUGAAGAGGCCGCUUUCCUCACUAACCUGAACUCUCUGUGGCAAGGAUUCAUUCAUAUGCACUCUGUGGCAAAGUUUGUGACAAAAGCCUUCCCUGUCUCAGGCAUUUUGGACAACUUGACUGAGGACCUUCCAGACAGCAUUCAAGUUGGCGGAAGGAUAACUCCACAGAUAGUGUGGGACUACUUGGAGAAGAUUCGGGCAACUGGAACAAAAGAGGUGUGCCUAAUUCGCUUUUGUCCUGAGACGGAGGAAGAUGAGAUCUCCUAUACUCUUCUGUACGCCUACUUCAGCAGUCGUAGGCGUUUCGGAGUGGUUUCCAAUAACCUGAAACAAGUGAAGGACAUGUAUCUCAUUCCUUUGGGUGCCACCGAAAAGGUUCCACAUCAGCUCGUUCCGUUUGAUGGGCCAGGUUUAGAAAACAACCGCGCCAAUCUUCUCCUUGGACUCAUAAUUCGCCAGAGAUCGAAGAGGGAUUUUCUUCCCGUGGACAUGAAUGAAACUGCCAGGAUUAUUCCUGAAAUCAAGCCCAUCACCAUUUCCACAAAAGAAACCAGAGCAAAAGAGGAGGACGAGAAAAAAUUCCUCUCUUCCUUGACUUCUGUACAUAAAAAAGAGAAAGACAAACCACUUAUCACUACUGAAGAUGUUAAUGAGCCAACUACGGAGUGUCUGGAAGAACCGUCUGCAUCAGAGGAGACCAACAGUCAGGAACCCCUGAAACCACUGCGUUUUCUUCCAGGUGUGUUAUUAGGCUGGGGUGGGGAGUUGCCGCCUCUGCCAGAUGUUGGAGUUAAAAAUGCAACAGAGACCCAACCAGCUCCGAAAACAGAGGCAUCGACUGAAAACUCUAAAAGUCCAACAGCUGUUACAUCUCGAGAGCGCUUUGUCAUCAAGAAGAAAGAAGCUAAACCUGUUAAAGCCGAACCAGAAGUAUCCAGUCUGGCUGAUACCUCUGUUGUUAACAACUCAUCAGGAAAGGAUGCCGCAGUGCUGACCCAUGGAACACCAGUCUCUCUGAGAGAUAAGCCUCCAGAUGUAUCGACUGAAGCGUUCCUGGCAAGUUUUUCAGUAGCUCAAAUUGGGACCGAAACUAGCAGCGCUGCCUCUGCAAACAAAGGCGAUACCGGCCUUUUGUCUGAAACUGAAAAAGCACCGUCUGAAGGGAAUUCUUUGUUGCAGACAAAAACCCAGGCUGCUCCAGCUCAGACUAAUAGCCCAAAACCGCCUUUAAGUGGAAUAUUGAAAAAGUCUUCAGCAUAUUCCAGUGUGAAUGUAGAUAAAACAACAGUACUACAAAAGGAUGAAGCCAGCCACCUAGCUCCUUCGAGUCCAAAGCCUGUUCCCGUGUUGGCCAGCACGAGAAGUGAGCCAGUUACACUAUUUCACCAGGGAUUUUUACAGGUUUCUCAGGCCAAGAACAAACCUGAGGAAGAAAAGCCAACAACUAUUCAUCCAAUCGAUGGUGAAAAGGAGGAUCCUGGCACGUCUCAGGCUGGUGCUACAGCCACUCAGACGGUAUGUCCUCCUCCUCCUCCUCCUUCAGCUUCAGUUCAAGGACCACAAGCAGCAAGUUUCACAGAAGCAUCUGAGCUCAAACACGACUCGGUAAUGGCACAAACUCUCCCAGUGUACAACAGUGCUUCACUAAUCCCAUCACAGCAGCAACAGCCUCAGGUACCUGGUAGUUACGAAUACCCAACUGGCCCUCCCCCUGAUACUUUCUCCGGCCCACCAACCCAGGAUCAGAACCACGGUGCACCAUGGGCUCAGGAUAGCACUUCACACAUUCUUCCUGGACUUGAAUCGCAGUGCGCUGAGAGCUACCCUGAACCAGCUGGCCAGCCUACUUCCCUGGCCAAAGAUCACAAGCGUCUAGAGGAGCGAUACAGUGACCCGUGGGAGAGGCCGCGGUCCACGGAGGACAGAGACCACCACGGGAGGCACAGCCAUCACAGGGACGCUCACCACGGGAAGAAGAGCAGACACCACGACCGGGAACGGGAGAAAAAGUACGAACGUAGCCACGACAGAGAGAGGAGCAGGCACCACGGACACUCAGACGACCGCUACGGCGAGAAGAGAAAAGAGAGGCACCACAGCGAUGACCACAGCAGCCGACAUAAGGACAGACACAGAAAUAGACGGGACUCUGAUUAUGAGAAUGGACGGAGAAGUUCAAAAGACAGUUAAUUAUGUUUCUUUAAAGUCCUGCUAGGAAGCAUUGGGGACUUUGAGCUUGUUGGUCACGUGGCUGGUUCAAACCACUGCGGCUGUGUUGGCUGAUAGUGGAGUUGUUUAUUACUUUAUACAGCAGUCUGCAGCUUAUAUGCCAUUUCCUCCAUAGAAGUUCCAUUUUAUUUUAUUGACGGUGCAGCCAAGGUGAACUAUAAUUUCAGUGGUUGUGAAGAUCUUUAUAGAUGCUUUCUUUUAAAAACCAAGAAGACCUGAAUAUUGGAACAACUUUCAAAUUUUAACCUUUUUAUUGUAUAUAUCUUGUUCAUAUUGAGCUGCUGUGCUGACUACAAAUGAACAGCACACGUUUUCAGUCUUGUAGUAACAAAACAAGUUUGGACCAUUUGGUGAAAAGUUUAAGUUGGCAUGAAUGUAACACAGAAAACGAAGGACCGUUGCUUUUUUCCCCCUACUUUUUUAAAUUGCUAAAAUAUUUUACAAACUUUUGUUUUUUAAAAAGUAUAUACAUUUUGGCUUGUAAUAUACAUUAGAGAUGAAGUGUGCCUUUGCACUGUUUAUGUACAGUCCGUAAUAAAGCUAAUCCUUUUUUAUUAUUGAUUAUUAAAAACAAUUGAAUAUUUCUUUCUAAAUGUAUUAAAGAUAA